AUAUUAAAAAGUAGUCCCGGAAAAAGAAAACGUCCAUGGUAAAGGAAACUUGCGCUGAAAUUUGACAGCCACUGAGAUUCAUUCAAUCGUCAUACAUGAAUAAGGAUCGUAUGUCAGCCGUUAGGGUUUGAGGUUUAAAAUCUUCUGGUUAUAGUUUGAUGCGGCUCUGCUGCUAAACCCUUGGCAGUUGUACCAAACAUGGCGGUCGGGAAGAACAAGCGCAUCUCGAAGGGCAAGAAGGGAGGAAAGAAGAAAGCGGUCGAUCCGUUUACGAAGAAGGAUUGGUACGACAUAAAGGCUCCAUCUUCCUUCAACACCAGGACCGUCGGGAAGACGCUCGUUACCAGAACGCAGGGAACCAAGAUUGCUUCUGAUGGUCUUAAGCACCGUGUGUUUGAGAUUUCCCUAGCCGAUCUUCAGAAUGAUGAGGAUCAGGCAUACAGAAAGAUCAAGCUUCGUGCAGAAGAUGUUCAGGGCAGAAAUGUUCUUACAAAUUUCUGGGGCAUGGAUUUCACAACGGACAAGCUCAGGUCUUUGGUACGCAAAUGGCAGACAUUGAUAGAGGCUCAUGUUGAUGUCAAAACAACUGAUAACUACACACUGAGGAUGUUUUGUAUUGCUUUUACAAAGAGAAGACCUAAUCAGGUCAAGCGGACAUGCUAUGCACAAUCAAGUCAAAUAAGACAGAUUCGUAAAAAGAUGGCAGAAAUUAUGGUUCGUGAAGCUUCGUCAUGUGAUUUGAAAGAGCUUGUCGCAAAAUUUAUUCCUGAGGUUAUUGGAAAAGAAAUUGAGAAAGCUACAUCAAGUAUUUAUCCUUUACAGAAUGUAUUCAUCCGCAAAGUUAAAAUCUUGAAGGCUCCAAAAUUUGACCUGGGAAAACUUAUGGAGGUACAUGGAGAUUACUCUGAGGAAAUUGGAGUCAAGGUGGAUCGACCGGCAGACGAAACACCAGCUGAAGCUGAAGCAGAACUUGUAGGGGCCUAGCUAUUUCUGUUUAUUAGAUUAAUUUUUAGAACCUGCACAAGUCCGGUUCAUUAUGGAGAAUUAUGAUUCACUAUCUGUUCUUGAAAUUUUCAAGUUUGGAAGCUCAUUUGUUUUUCUUUGGGAGCGCGAAAUAGCAUGCUAGUUAAGCUGUUUGCUAUCGACAUUUUCAAUUUUGAGUUCUUCUAAAUAGCAUCUGUUUUGGUGCAACUUCAAUUUUUGGAUGUUCGUUUUUCUUUAGUAGCACCUCUAAAUAACAUUUUUUGGGUGCAACUUCAAUUAUAAUUUGAGGUUUGCAAUUUGAUCAUUUAAUUUUACAAAA